UCUUAGUUCAAUUUAACCAUUACUUGAAAUGAUGAUUAUCGUUGUAAUUGGUUUACUUCUUGUAUUUCAAACAUUACAGUCCGUAGAGACUAAUACCAAUGGUAAGUCUGUUAAGCAACAACAUUGUUUGUUUGAAUAUUCUGAUUGAUGUGUAGGAUUUCAAUUGAUCAGUCUCUUAUUGGUUUAUGCGCAUACAUUGAGGAGUUGAAUUUAAAUCUUCAUCUUAUUGCAUAAUCAAGUGGAUAUCAGGACUCAGUGGUGGAGUUUGAAGUGAAUGAUACAGAGUGAACAACAACACUGAGGAGCAGGCACAUGGGGAUGACGUGUCCUAAAUAGAACGAAACGCGCAUCUUGGAUUCCACUGCUAGCUACUAUCCAUCUUUGUAUCUAUUUUCAGGUUUAUUUCUUUGAGUUAUUUGUAAUCUCAUGAUUUGGGUUCGAGUCCUGUGUACGAGAUCAUGAAUAUGCACUGUUGAGGUAUACUAAUAUUUGGACGAAACAGCCAUUUUAUUCUUUCAGGUUUUCAGUAGUAUUCUAAGUGAGAUCAAUUCAUGAAUACAAUACUAAUCAGUCAGUUACCACUUCUUCUAAAAGCAGAAAAUAAUAACACGUAAGUCCGUUCAUUGAUAUUCUGAUUAUUUCUCAAAAUGACUAAGAUCGUAUGACUUUCAUUAUUACGCGGAAACAAGGUACUUUAUAAAGAGUCAGAUUCCUUUGGAUAUUAACUAUGACUGUUAAUACAUUUACGUACAUAUUUAUAUCUUUGAAUCAUCUCUAAACACUAUGUAUACAAAGAUUAGUUUGACUUUGUUAUGACUUGUUGGUUUAUACGUCUACCAAUGCAUAAUGUGAUGAUACUGCCAAUCAGAGAACAUUCAAUUAUCGAUCGAACCAAUGACGCAUAAAACGAGGACGAGUAGUCUAGAGUCCUGAUCGGUCCUUCUUUCUUGUCUAGCCAAGCUAGUUGAGUCCAGAACACCAAUCUCAGCCUCUGCGAUAUCAAUGCUUCAUUUUAAACAUACUGGGUUUAUAUACCAACCAGACAGAUCACAUCGUACCAUAAAAUAGGAAACAACAUUUGUACAAGAUGUAGUCACAUGUGGCUGUGAACGUGGGAGGUGGUAAUUAAUAGAGAGAGCCUAAUCCAUAGUUCAAAACAAAGCCCAUAAUAAGAGGAAUAUGAAUAGUUUAGUUACUUAACAAUGAUACGAUAAAAGUAUACGCAUAGUAUUGGUCUAUGAAUGAAUUCCAAAAGUUAACAUUCAUUAUUCUUAUCAGGAUAUAACAGACUUUAUGAUAUGCAAUAUACUAUCAUAACACACAAGUUGAAAGGCAGUCCCAAUUAUCUUCAUCUGAUGAUGUUCUGAUUGUUAUGUAACAGUACAUAGGUCACGUAAUGUUCAACAUUUGUGAAAUUUAAAAUGGACGAAGUCCUUUAAUUUCAGUACUGAAUAUCGAUAUCAAAAAAGAGUCCAAGUAAAUGAGUUUUUGCUAUAUCUAAAUCAAUAUUCUAAAUUAUAAACAAAUUGUGUUUUAUUUCUUCUAUAUUACAAUAUUAACUCUGGAGUCUAUGACGAGAAGGAUUCAUUUAUCGAUCGGAUCUAAAAUAUCUUAUCAUCAUAGCAACAACUUAUGAUGCUUUGAUAUAUAUAUAUAUAAAACACUUUUUUUUAAUUUUCAGAACACAAUCACCAUGGCAGUAAGUUUAUAAUUCAUAAGAUUUGUAACCAAAGUAAUGAAAAAUAAGGGAAAAUUAUUCUUUUAAUACAGUUGGUUUGACUCAUAAAAUGAAAUAUCAGUAUGAGAUUGUGGAGAUGAUGAUGUUGUUUGAUCGAGAUCAUAAAUCGACUGAUGUUAGACCACCAUUGAAGCAAUCGAUGGUUCUUUCAUUCUGUUGUUCUCCUAUGUUGUUUUUGUUGUAAACCAGUAGUAUCAGUAAAGUAUUAUGUAAUAAAUAUCUUGAUUAUAUGUUGUAUCCAAAUUAACUACAAUUUAUGAAUGAACCAAUCAGAUUUAAGAUAUCAGAUCUUGAACUUUGGCGCAAAAUUCAUUCAUACAUUUGACUAAAUAGCAUUUUGGCAUCUUAUCUGAUGUCAGUUUGUGAUAAAAACCGUAAAUCUAAUUCUUCAUCUUAACCAUUAACUGUAAUUCAUAAUUUUAAUUCCUCAUACAGAUUCAUAACCUUCAUUUCGUCAUAGUUACUAGAUGCACAAUCUCAAGGUCACUUUAACGUCACUCAAAGGUUGUUCAUAAAUAGUAAUUUCACCAUUUUAACUGUUUUUUUCGUUACAAUGUAGACCUCUUCAGUAAGUAACUUGUCAAGUUUAUUUACUUACUCUCAAAUCAAUAACAGUUUAUGUUGUCAUACUUAUCAAUGAAAACCAGGAAGCGAUGAACGGCUUUCUCGUCCUAGUAUGGAAAUUUUCAACAGUGAAACAGUUAUCCACUUUAGACAAUGGAUGAUCAUUUGUGCAAGAUCAUAGAUCAAAUGAAGUUAGAUAUAUUAACACCGCUAAAUGCCAGCUCAUUAGUCUACUGUUUAAGAGUUUGCGCACAAUCCUGAAGGUCCUGAGUUUGAGUUCUACGUUUAGGGUCAUGGAUUUACACUACUGUGGUGUCCCAUAUUAGGACGAGACGACCAUCCACUGAUUCCAGUAUUUCAGUGGUAGUCUAGCUUAGAUCAACUCAUGAAUUCAAUUGUUAAAAUGACUACAAUAUCCACUAAUCCUCAAUCUGUAUAUAAGUUUCAGUAAAUGAAUCAUACACAUUUCUUUAUCACAUUUUGGCAAAAAAAGGACGAAUGAUUUCCCAACACAUGAACUUGGUAACAAAACAGAAUAAUAAAGGUAAUAUGUUUGCCUUAUUGAUUCCUUAUUCAUUAGUAACUGGUUAAAUCUUAUAUGGUGAGUUAAAUAAUCAAAUAGUCAGAUUCAUUGUAUUCAAAUAUGUAUUAUAUUGUGGCAUAUGCUACUGACGUCCAUAGAUAUAAGUAGUAUGUAUGAUCAGUCAAAAGUGAAAUACCUAGAGAAAAAUGAUUAAGCAGAUCGAAGAAAACAGUAUGAGAACAGAGAAUGAUUGGUGUGAAAAUAAAGGAACAAUGACGUGUGUGACGAUGGAUUAACGUUUUGCAAAUAAAGAAUUUACUGUAUGGUCCUAAGAUUUCACUAGACGGUUCUGUAAUUUUGUAUUCAAAUACGUUCGAUUGCCUCCACUUGAGUUCACGUUCACUACAAUAGGGAUUGUGUUGGUACAUACGGAACAUUACUAUGUACAGCAUGAUACUGUUUUUCAUAAUAUUCAUUUACUGUUUCAUUUCUUUGUCCCGUCGACGGGAUUACUUUCAUGUUCAAUGACGAAUAUAGAAAUGUAGUGUUUGUUAUGACUUUUGCCCAUGUCAACAUCUCUGAUCAGAAUAUUGACUUGUAAGACAUAGUUCUUGUAUUAAACCGAUGACACAUCAAAUAUCACUAUCAGCCUUACGUCAGCAGUGGAAGGUUACUGGUCCUUCUCGCCCAGCUCUGCCUAUUGACUCCAGAAAGCAAUCUCAGCUUCCACUGUAUGAAUCAUAUAUUUCAGACAUACUCAAUUUAUAUACAAGCAGACCAGACCGCAUCACACCAGUAGAGUUCAAUCAGUGUCAGGUAAUAGACAGUUAUCUACAGAUGAAGGCUUGAGCAAGAUCACGGAUCGAUUGAAUUCAAACAUAAACGCCAUUGGAUGCUGGCUCAAAAGUCUAGAUAUUAAGCGUUUGCUUGCAAGAUCGAAGGUCCUGAGUCCAAAUCCUGCAUCCUGGAUCGUGUAUGUGCACUUCUGGAAAUUCCCAUACUAAGAUGAAAAGACCAUCAAAUGGUAAAUUGUAUAACUGUAGUCAAUAGGUUAAAUGGAUGCUUAGGAUAUAAAUUUUCACACAGAAUUAUUUGAAACAGUAAUUCGCAAUUCUAUAUUGACUAGAUCUUGUGAAAUGUCGAUAAAAUAUCUAAUUAUAUGCUAAACAAAUUCAUUGUUUCAUAGCACCCUUUUCUCAUUAUGGUACGUUUUCAUGUUGAAAUGUGUUAUGAAUACUUCCCUUAAGCUAUACUUACUCAUUAGUUAAUUUGAUGAAUUAAUUGAAGCUAGACCACCAGAGAAAACCUGUGAUCCCUGGACUAUCGUUUCGUACUAGUGUGAGACUCCUCAUCAGUGAUUGACUUCACGAGGUACUUCCUGGAAUUCUAGUGAAAAGCAGUGACCGGUGGAGUUCAACUGGGUCUGUUGCGAGACAGUGACUCACUAAAGACAAUAGUGAAUGGUGACUUGAUUUCGUGGAUUGGCUGAAGUUAGAAAUUAACACCCUUAGAUGCUCCCUCAGUGGUCUACAGGUUAAGCGUUCGCGCACGAGACAGAUAUGUCCUUCGGUUAAGUCCCACAUGAUAGAUUGUGAGUUCGCACAGAUGAGGAGUCCUAUAACUGAACGAAACAGUCGUCCAGUGCUUACAGGUUUUCCAUGGUGAUAUAGCUUCAAUUAAAUCAUGAACUCAGCUAUUAAAUUAUUAUAAUAUUCACAAAAUCCCUUUCUGAGUACGAUUAUUCAUCAUUAGCCUGUCCGUUACUUAUAUUACUUUCAUAUUCAUUUUAGACUUCUUGACCAAGGAGAAUUGAGUUCUUUAUUUCUUUUUAACCGAUUUUUAGGGAAACUAUCAAAGGAAUUUUAUCAUCAUGGUGGUGAUGUGUACAACUUCCAUUAUCAUCAGUUAUAACUAUUUGAUACUCUAUCGCAAUCAUUCACUAUUAUUUUAAUAUAUAUUUGAUGUAAAUG